AUGGAAGAAACUCUUUGCAAGAGACUCGUAGACAUUAGAGACCAACUUAAACUUAAAAUUAAAUUCUCAGAUGACGAUCUACAUGUAUCAUUCAAGCUUACUAAUAAAAUUUAGUAAAUUAAGAUUGCAUUGAAGGAUAUUUUUGAGUUCAAACCAGAAUUGAGAUCUAUUCCAACAGCAUUAAGAAAUGAACUUUCACAACAUGUAGAAUUUGUAGAUCUCAGAGAAAAUCAAGUGCUCAUUUGGCCUGAUGACCAUACACCCAGAGUCUACUUUAUAUUCAAGGGAGCAGCUAAGAGGUCAAGGUAUGGCCCCAAGGAAUAUGAUUAGGAGGAUUUAGAUCGUGAAAAUCUGGAUCUAAUUUCCUAUUCAGAACAAUUUAAAGUUUACAAGGCAUUUAGCAUCUUUGGGUCUAUAAAAACGCUUUAGACUCUCUCUCAAAAUGUGAAUGUCAAAUACUAGUACAAAGAAUGGGAGGCCUGCUAUAGAUAAGACAAUUAAUAACUGCAGACAGAUGUGAUGCUAUGCAUUGAUCAAAAGAUAAUGAGCAAGAUAUCAACCAACAAGUAAAAGGCUUUUGCUGAAGUAUUUACUGAAAAGAUUUUUUCAAAAGGAUCAUUUGUAUUGAAUGAGGGAUAGAAAAUAACCCAUUUGUACUUAGUAAAAGAAGGAGAAUGCAAAAUACUUUCAAGUAAGGUGCCAAUUAUCUAGAAAUUUAAUCGAGGAUCUUAAAACUAGCUUUUCCAAAAGGAUUUGUUGUAAAAUAAAUCCUACUUUUCAAAGACAACAAGCACCUUCUAACUUGGUCUGAUUUCACAAAAAGAAUGGAUUGGAGAUGAAAUAAAGUUCUUUAAUGAUAGACCUAUUCCUUACUCUGUAAUUGCUACUAAGCCUCUUAAAGUUUUUUGCCUUAGCAAAGAGGAUUUCUAUUCAAAGAUGCCGAAAGAUCUGAUGCCUUAUUUUGAUGACCAAGCACACAACAAAGUUAAAUGGCUAGAGAAAAGAUUUUAUGAAAUAGCUAAGAGCCUAAAUAAGCUAAAGGAUAAUUACUUUGAAACAUUAAAUGAGUAGUCUAAUGAGGUCUAAAGAUAAUAUCCUCAAGCUAGAUCUCAUGCCUUACAUACUAUUAGGAAUAGAUAGGCUUCUUAAGGAGACUAAAAUAGGCUAGAUUAUGAAAAGUAAAAAACUCUGAGUGGUUCUGCAUCUUUAGCUAAUAUCAGUCCUCCAAAAUAGACUUUCAGAGUUUAGCCAACAAUUGAAUUUAAUCAGACAGAUCUAUUUGCCUUAUCAAGUAUUGUGGGUGGUACCGUAAGAGCAGGUCAUUAAUUAUUCAAUAUGAAGAAAGAUCCAACAAUGAUAUAUGGUCAACCUCAAUACCCAGAAAAUUCAACGAAUGAGUUUAACAAUAGAGGAGUCGAGAGUGUUUUAAAGGGAAAUAAAUAGUUUUAAUAACCAGCUGAUAAGAUAAAAGUUGAUGAUAAUAGUUCAAUCACAAUGCUCGAUGAUAAAUAAGAUGCCAAUGCUAAGAAAAUGAGACAAGCUCAGUCAAUGACAAAUUUCUUUGAAAACAGGAAUAAAAGACUUAAUCAGUAAAAUAAUAAUGGCUCCUUAUUAUUCUAAGAAAUAUAGGUCUAAAGAUAGCAGCUGAGAUAAACACAAGGAAAUUUUUAGACAAUAUCUAAGAAUUUAUCAGUAGUAAAAGCAAAUCAUCUAGUUCAUUAGUUGCUACUACCUAAAUAAACUUAGUAGAAAUUGUAAAGUCAGCAUACAAUACAGACAGAGAAUGAUACUUUAAGUGUAUCUCAAUCUUAGAUUGUUUCACCUUCUGGAGGGAGCAAAAAUGUUUAAAUAUUUUUUCCUUCUCCUAAGAACACUAUGUCCCCAGUAAACGCUGGCUAUAAUCCAACCUAAUAAAGCAUUAAUUAGACUUACUUGUACAAUUAAAACAAUUCUAAUUAAUUUGGGAAUCAGAGUAUAAAUUUAAUUGAUCAGGGCAACAAUUUGUCUAGAUAAAACAUAAAGCAUAAUAAGCAUCUCUUGCUAUUUUGCUCUACACCUAACAAUCAAAGACUACUAUCUUAGCAAGCAACUCCAUUGAGAUAAAUGGCAAAUGCAUCUACUUUCAACCCUUUAAAGUAUCAAUUAAUACCAAAGAUUAGCUAAAAGUUUGAGACAAUAAGGCAAAAAGUAAAGCCACAGUCAAUUUUUACAAUGAAGUAAGAUGGUAUCAGGGAAAAAUCUAACUAGAAAAUGAAUGAUCUCAAGGAUGAAGUGCAGUAGAAAAAUGAAACCUUUUUUGUGGUAGAUAAAAAGAUCCAGUUGCUAUCAGGAAGGUAGCAGGAAAGAAGAAUAACUUCUAAAAAGCAGUCACUUGAUACUUAUGGAUAGGAAAUUAAUAUUCAUUGA